AUGGCAUCGCCGCAUGUGAUCUGGCGUACCAGCCUUGCCCUGACCGGUCUGGAGGUUUACGACGUGGUCUCCGACAUUUGGAACAAUCUCACCUUGCGCUCCAUCCCAAACGAGACCAUUCAUGAUGCCGUCGGCUGGUUGAACUUCCACCUGAUGACCGUUAUGGGGCUGAACCUGCUCCUCUUCUUCCUCUGGGUAUACUUGAGAAGCGGCCCCGGGUGGCGCCUGGUCCGCGCGGAGUUCGGACCGCAGGCUGUUCGCCUCCUCGACCUGGUCUCCUUCUUCAAUGCUGGAUGCCAGCGGAUCCCCAUUGAGCAUGCCAUCAAGUUCACCGAGGCCGCCAGCGACUCCGAACUCCGUCAGCACACUGAGGGGGAGUCUUUGAGCAGAGGAGAGCUUCUGCAAGAGCUCUAUAAGCUGAAGUCGCAGCUGGAGCGGGUCGCCCUGGUGCCUCGUUUCUAUGAGGACGUGAUCCAGACGGGCUUCCAGCUCUACAUCGUCUACGUUCAGUUACAGCUUGGCGAGUCCCUGAAGGCCAGCCAAUGGAUGAGCCUCGCCGGCUCAACCUUCAACUUCUACGCAGCUGCUGGCUGCGAAGAUGCGGCCUUCAGAGAUCUCGUGAGCAUGAACUUGCUGGCCGACCUACUCGGCGUCGCCUCCUUACUCUCCCGUUGCUACCUAUGCGCUGCGAUUGGAGACGAGCUCAUCCAGGAGCUGCAGCACCUACGAGGCUUUCCCGUGCUCUUCCUCCUCAACCCGGCCGUCUUCAUCCUGCCGGCCACCUUUGCGUCCGAGUCCCUUGCACGUCUCUAUGGCUUUCAAGGCAAGAGGCUGGGAGACGAGAGAAGGGAUGCUCGGAAGCACCACUUCGAUGCCGGGAUCCACGUGGGCGCAGGUGGAGGAUUUCUCUGCCGAGUCGCCGUCCUGUUGCUGAUUGCCUUCUUGUUCAAGCUCGACUACUUCGAAGUGUCGACUGGGUUCCUUUGGACGCUGGUGGACUUUGCCAACUCCUGCGAGGUGUCAUCACGGGAACCCGCUGCCAGCAAGAAGGUCCAAGAAGUCUGCUGCGUGUGUCCUGGCGGCAGAAUGUGGAGUACACAGCUUCUGCUCCUGCCGACUCUUGCCAAUGUCAGCUACGGACCUGACAUGAAAGGCCCCAGGUUGAGCAGACGCUGGUUGUGGACGGGUUCAGCCUUGAAGCGAACGGCAUCUAGCUUUUCGGAGAACCGCCCCUUCUACAAGCGCGCUGGUGGCGGCAUGAACCUCUUCUACUACCACAACCGCAGCGUCGCAGCCACAAGAGACCAGUGGCUGCUGAGCCCAGACAUGCCGGCCUUCUAUAAAGAAAGUGUCGAGGAGUUUAAAGACGCCGCUAGUGGCAGCGUCUCCCCAACCUCCAUGAACGCAACGGAGGUUCGGACAUGGUCCAGGCAGACCGGCAGCGUGCACAGCUUGCCCAACUACACAAGCUUUGUCCUGACUUCACUGGAAGACCACCCCUUCCGGGGUACCUGGCUCUGGUCUGAGGGGACAACGAUCAGGUGGGGCCUGCUGUUUUCUUCGAAGCGCAGACAAAGACUCCAUCAUGGCCGUCCGGUGCUGGAGCUCGUGAAGCCUUUCGACAACGGCACCAAAGCCAAGUCGUUUCGUAUCUCCUUUAGCCACGAGCAUGGUGGAUGGGCUCUUAAGGAAAAUAGAGAGCUCCGCUUCCUCCGGAAAGCCGUCACCGCCUUCCCCUUCGAUGAGCCUUCCGACGAUUUUAAAGAGCUUGAGGGUUGGCACAAGUGGGAAGGCGGCCAGUGCGCUCAGGCCACUCGUCCGCUGCUCAUUGGCAAGGCCUGCCAUCCGCAAUGCCUGGGCUGCACUGGAGCAGGCAACAAGCGUUGCUGCACAGCUGCCUGCAGCGGGCACCAAUGCCCGGCGGACUACGUCCUGAAGAAGAACGCCGCGGAGCUCGCUGGCACGGCAGAUGACAUUUGCUGCUUAAAAUGGUACCUGCAGGCGAAGUCGUGGCGCGAGCUGGAUGCGGUAUCGACGAAGCCGCCAAAGAGAAGUGGCCACACAGCAGUCUACGAUCCGCAGGGCAAGGCCAUGGUGAUCUUUGGGGGUCCGGCGCUCGGUGUUGGGAUGGCCACGGCCCGGGCCCCGGGCCUCGACAGCUGGAAGUCUGCCUUCUUUGCUGCUGCCUGCUUGCCGGCGAAGACGUGGCACGAGGUCGAUGUGGGAUCGACGAAGCCGCCAGCGAGAAACUACCACACAGCUGUCUACGAUCCGCAGGGCAAGGCCAUGGUGAUCUUUGGGGGUCCGGCGCUCGGUGUGCCUCCGCGACCGCCUUCGCUCCUGGCCUUCCUUUCUCCUUCAGCUCGCGGCCCAGGUUACGAUGGCCACGGCCCGGGCCCCGGGCCUCGACAGCUGGAAGUCUGCCUUCUUUGCUGCUGCCUGCUUGCCGGUUGCUGUUGGGCGUCCUGGUCUCCGGACCCGUGCACGGACCAAGACCGUCUCGAUGACUCGUGGGCCUUCGACCUGGCG